AUGCUUGCGGCAGAAUGUUUUAAGAACCUUCGAAGAAACAGCAGAAAUUCUGAUGGGUGCAAAGAGCCUCAGGAGCUGUUACAUUCUGCUAAGAUGUUCAUAAUAAAAGAGAUCCAGAAACAACUUUAUAGCUGUGAGAUCAACGCUCUGAAACAAGGAAAACCUUUGCCUAAAAACAGUUCUCUGCUGACAUUGUGCCCCAUUCUUGAUGAAAAGGGACUUUUGCGGGUUGGUGGGAGACUUGGUAAGUCCAGCCUGGAAGAGGGCAUUCAACACCCGAUUCUCAUCCCAGGUAAACAUCACAUAGCUACUGUCAUCACUAGACAUUACCAUGAAACUGUGUCUCACCAAGGUAGGCACUUCACUGAAGGAGCCGUCCGGGCAGCUGGAUUUUGGGUGACCAGAGGUAAACGGUUGAUAUCUCUUCUCAUCCAUCGUUGCGUGAAGUGCCGAAGACUUAGAAGUCGCCCCUGUAUUCAGAAGAUGGCAGAUUUGCCCAUUGAUAGAGUCACACCUACACCCCCAUUUUCCUUUGUGGGAGUCGAUGUCUUUGGACCUUGGGAGGUCACAACUCGACGUACUCGAGGUGGUGUUGCUUCCAACAAACGCUGGGCAGUCCUGUUCACCUGUAUGUUCACCAGAGCCGUUCAUAUAGAGGUGCUAGAAGAAAUGAGCUCUUCCUGCUUUAUCAAUGCCGUAAGGAGACUGUAUGCUAUCCGCGGGAAAGUAAAGCAAUUCAGGUCAGACCGAAGCACCGACUUCAUUGGUGCUACCUCGGAUCUUGGAACUACUGUGAUAGAGAGUAAGGAUGUCAAGGACUUCUUAUCAACUCAUGGUGCUACCUGGGUGUUCAAUCCUCCUCACGCCUCCCAUUUCGGCGGGAUAUGGGAGAGAAUGAUUGGCGUGUCACGACGAAUUCUGGAUGCGAUGUUGCUGGAGAAUAAAGGAAAGGACCUCACCCAUGAAGUCCUCACUACUCUCCUAGCUGCGGUUACUGCCAUCAUAAAUGCCCGUCCCUUGGUACCGGUGUCAUCUGACCCAGAACAACCAUUCAUCUUGUCACUAUCUAGCCUACUUACCCAGAAAACCCAAGACCAAGCAGAGUCUUUCCAGCAUCUGAGUCUCAAGGAUAUGUACCAUUCGCAGUGGCGUCACGUUCAAGUCCUUGCGGAAAGAUUCUGGUGUCGUUGGAGAAAGGAGUAUUUGUCCAUGUUACAACCCAGAAGGAAAUGGCAGGAGAAGAAGCGCAAUGUCAAAGUCGGUGAUGUAGUGCUGUUGAAAGAUUCUCAGGCAGUGAGGAACGAUUGGCCGUUGGGCGUUGUCAGGCGCGUUAUCCCUAGUAGUGAUGGAUGUACGUCAAGUCAAGCUUUGCGUGUGUCGUGGUAA